CGCACACUAACACACUAACACACACUCACACGUAUAUACACACUGCAUGUUUGACUGUGACACACUGACAGAAAGUCAGAUGUAGAAGACAGCAAUUAAACGAGUUUCAUCUUAAGACAGAGAUAAGAGGUGACAGGGAGUAACAGAGAAGAGUAAAGUUUUCUUGCCUUAACAACUCGGCGUGUGAAAGUCAUACCAGUUCAAGUGAGGUGCUGAUAAGAAGUCCAGCUUCUGAAGCAACAGCCAGUCGUGUGGAACAGUCAGAUAGAAAAAGGAGAGAGAGAGAAAGAAAGACAAAGAGAGACAGAGGACAGAGAAGCAGCAGGAAGAUCGCGUGGAGCACGCCUCAGUCAUGUUGCUGCUGGAUGAAUCGGACUCGCUCACAGAUCAGCCCCAGAGUGGUGCUGCCUUUAACUCAGAGAAUGAAGCACAUGGAGGGGACUCAUCAGGGUGGCACUGCACACCUUCAACCACUGCGCCCUCAGGAGACGCACCCCCACAGCCCUCCGUAUGUCCCUCCUCCCACCCCAAAGGACACAGCACCGCCCUCAAUCUCAGUGGAAGCAAGAAGAGGACCUCAAAACCCGCCCACAUGAGGCGGAACAUCAGGAAGCUGUUGAAAGAGCAUCAGUUGGAGGCAGUGACUAAGGCAGCUCAGCAGGAGGAGCUAGAGAGGCGUAAACGGGUGGAACAGCAGAGGAAAGACUUGUCCUUAGCACCGCCCUCCCAGUGUAUACACACACCAGAAGCUGAUGUUUCUCUCACUACAUCAGUACAGGGAGCUAAACAGAGUGUGAUCUGCCUGGACGCGAGCGGCAACAGUGUUAACGUCAGUGCAGAGGAUUUCAAAACCAGACUACCUGCUUCUGCUGUGUGCAAAGACGAUGUGAUAGAGCUGAGCUCAGGUGAGGAUGAUGCCAUACAUAUUGGCAGUGAAGCAAGAAACGAGGAAGAGGAGUCAUCGGCGACAGAAGAGAGCAGCGGCGCUCACGUCAACGAUGCUCUGAACCAGCCAGACCCACAGGGGCGUGUCCUCGUUAACGUCAAUCACCCAGCCAAUGAGAGCGAUCUCUACCUCGCCCCCCAGCUAGCUCGAGCUGUCAAGCCCCACCAGAUCGGAGGGAUCAGGUUUCUGUUCGAUAACCUGGUGGAGUCACUGGAGCGCUUUAAGAGUAGUCCAGGCUUUGGCUGUAUCCUGGCUCACAGCAUGGGUUUGGGUAAAACCCUGCAGGUUAUCUCCUUCAUCGACAUUCUCCUGCGCUACACUGGAGCACACACCGUCCUCGCCAUCGUCCCCGUGAACACUUUGCAGAAUUGGCUGGCUGAGUUUAAUCUUUGGGUUCCGCCCCCUGAGGCCCUGCCCCCUGACACAGACCCUACCCACAUAACUCCACGCACCUUUAAGGUCCACAUCCUCAACGAUGAGCACAAGACAAGUGCAAGCCGUGCUAAAGUGGUGGAGGACUGGUACAGAGACGGCGGGGUCCUUCUCAUGGGCUAUGAGAUGUACAGACUGCUGUCACUCAAAAAGAGCUUGGUCACUGGCCGCAAGAAGAAGGCCAAGAAAACGACAGGACCAGUCAUCAUCGACCUGGACGAGGAGGACCGCCAACAAGAGCUGCUGAAAGGUAUAGAGAAGGCUCUGUCCCAGCCUGGUCCAGAUGUAGUCAUUUGUGAUGAAGGUCACCGGAUUAAAAACUGCCACGCCAGCACGUCGCAGGCACUAAAGGGCAUCCAGACCCGCCGCCGCGUGGUCCUGACCGGCUACCCACUACAGAACAACCUGAUCGAGUACUGGUGCAUGGUGGACUUUGUGCGGCCCGAUUUCCUGGGCACGCGUCAGGAGUUCAGUAACAUGUUUGAGAGACCCAUUCUGAACGGGCAGUGUGUGGACAGCACGCCACAGGACGUGCAGCUCAUGCGAUACCGCAGCCAUGUGCUACACAGUCUUUUGGAGGGCUUUGUGCAAAGGCGAGGUCAUGAUGUCCUGCGUCCCCAGUUGCCCCAGAAACAGGAGCAUGUGAUUCUCGUUCGCCUGUCCAACCUGCAGAGGGCGCUCUACACUGAGUUCAUGAACCGCUUCAGGGAGGCAGGCAACACCGGCUGGCUUAGCCUCAACCCACUCAAAGCCUUCUGUGUCUGCUGCAAGAUCUGGAACCAUCCGGAUGUCCUGUAUGAAGCUCUGCAGAAGGCAAAUCUUGCCAAUGAGCAGGACUUGGACCUGGAUGACAUCACAACUGGACACACCCGCUGCCCCGCCCCUAAUCAGAAGGCAAAACCCACCGAGUCAGCCAAUAGCGUUGGAGGGCUGAGUUUGACUGCACUACAGGAGAAAGCCAAUCAGGUCAUCACAUAUGAAUGGGCAAAAGACAUCAUGGCGGACUAUAAGACAGGUAUCUUGGAGAAUUCGGCCAAGAUGGUCCUGCUUUUCCAUAUUAUUGAUGAGAGCGUGAAAAAGGGAGACAAGAUCCUGGUCUUUAGUCAGAGUUUAUCGACCCUCACAGUCAUUGAGGAAUUCCUUGCCAAGAGGCCGAUGCCAGUUCCUAAUGGAGCUGGACAGAACCAGAACUGGGUCCGCAAUCACAAUUACUACAGACUGGAUGGCAGCACAUCAGCCUCAGAGAGAGAGAGACUCAUCAACCAGUUUAAUGACCCAGCCAACAACUCAGCCUGGGUGUUCCUGCUCUCUACCAGAGCUGGCUGUUUAGGCGUGAACCUUAUUGGAGCCAAUCGCGUGGUGGUGUUUGACGCGUCGUGGAACCCGUGCCACGACGCCCAGGCGGUGUGUCGCGUGUAUCGCUACGGCCAACGCAAACCCUGCCAUAUUUACAGACUGGUGUGUGACUUCACCUUAGAAAAGAAGAUCUAUGACAGACAGAUCUCUAAGCAGGGCAUGUCAGAUCGUGUGGUCGAUGAUUUGAACCCGGUCUUGACUUUCACGCGGAGAGAGGUGGAAUCGCUGCUGCACUUUGUGGAGGAGGAGCCUGAUCCUGCUGACUCCGCCCAGCAGGUCCAACCCAAUGACGACAUGGAAAUGGUCAUCAGACAAGCCUGCCUGAGAUACCCUCACCUCAUCACCAAGCAACCGUUCCACCACGAGUCUCUGCUGAUGGACAGGUGUGACCUGAAACUGACCCACACUGAGAAGAAAGCUGCUAAGAAGAGUUAUGAGGAAGAGAAGAGAGCAUCUGUUCCAUACACGCGUCCAUCCUACGCUCAUUACUACCCAGCCAGUGACCAGAGCCUAACAAACAUCCCUGCCUUCAGUCAGAGAAACUGGCGGCCCCCUCCUAGGCCAAACGACAAGCCUGUGGCUAGUGUCCGUCCUGUCCAGUCAGCCCCCACUCCUAUGACAACGCAGCAGUCAGCCCAGAGCUCCGCCCCUUCCUCUACAUCCCCACGUUCUGACUCUGGGGUCAACUUCCCUGUCAACUACCUACAGAAAGCAGGAGUGUUUGUCCAAAAGAUAGUCACCACCACAGACAUUGUGAUUCCCGGCACAAACAGCUCCACGGUGGUACAGGCCAGGAUCAGAGCAGGCGAGAGCAUUCACCUCAUCAGAGGAACUAAAGGGACUUACAUUAGGACAUGUGACGGCCGUAUCUUUGCCAUCAGAGCAGCAGGGAAGACCAAACAGGGGGAGGAGAGGACUGCCACCUCUAAAGAACCGGAACAUUUGACGGAGGAGUCCCUGAAGAGCACUAAUGGCGAUGUGUCGCCAGAGCGCAGGAGAGCGGGGUUAGAGGUCGUGAACCCUGAGAGCAUCGCGCGACCUCUCUCUCCAGACAGUCCCGAGAUUCUAAGUGAGCUCCAGCGUUACACCAAACCUCAGGCACCUAGCCCACUUGAGCCUGAGGGAGCCAAUCAGGAGAGGAGCCUGGAGAACGUUAGCACUGCUAAAGCCCUGCCCCAGAUCGACACUGCCCAGUCUAGCAUCGACACCUCUGUGCCUCUGGACCUGCGUGGCACCAAGCGAAAAUCCCCCGCGCCGGCUGCCGAUGAACAGAUGCCCAAACGGAGCUCCACCUUGCCCCCUCCGCAGGGUUUCCCGUACGCUGGUGGGUACGGUCUGAAUUCUGCCCUUAAUCCGGCCGUGAACCCGGUCCUUCUGAGCUCCCUUGGCCCCAUGGGUCAUCCCCUUUUCAUGGGAGCGGGGUCACCCUUCUAUCAACCCCAUGCUCCGAUGGGAGACCCACGUCUCAUGUUCCCGGUGACCCCCGCCGAUCCCUAUGGCUUAGGGAAUGGGGCCUUGCCCGGUUCCUCUCGUUCGUCGACUUGCUCAUCGUCCUCCAGCCCCACGGCCUCUGCAUCCUCUUCUUCCUCCUCCUCCAUUCCUUCUUCAUUCCUCCCCAGGCCUGGAAUGACGGGUGUGUUGCCUCCAAAUUUCCCCUUUCCCUAUGGGCAGCCUCUAAGCAUGUACCCCUCCCCUCUGUUGCCCGGGGGCCCCCCUGCGGCAACACCGGGACCUACAGGUUCCAGUUUCUUGUCUCACUAUUCUUCAUCCAGCCCAAAAGGUGCUGGGUCCGAUUCCCAUCACCCCAUAGAGAACGGAACCAAUAGCUCAGAAGACAAUGACAACGACGACGAUGUCAUUGAAGUGAUCAGCCAAUAAGAGGUGAAUAUCAGGGAAGGGCUGCAUCAUGAAAGUGAAGAAGUAUCAAAAUGAUCUAGAAGACAGUAACAUGUGUGUGUAUGUCUGUCUGUGUAGGAACAAGACUGGUCAAUCUAAGCCAAUUCGUGUUUGUUCAGUUUGACUCCAAUCCCCUCUGUCUGUAAUACCCUCUUUUUCACCAUGUCUGAAGAAGACGAUGAUGAAGAGGGAUCUGACUGACAGACUGGAAAACAUUUUUCCAAAAAAAGAAAAAUCCGUAUGCUGAAUAUUUUAUUUAAAAAAAGAAGAAGAAGAGACAGAGCACUAGAGAAAUCUUAUGAAACUUGUAGAAGCAAUGGACUUUGGGCUUCCAACAUUCUGUCUCACAAGCAGCCAAUCAAGGAAUGCCCGCAAAGAUGGACCUGCAGUUAGUCCACCUGUCCUCCUUGGGGAGCUGUGUGGUUUCUCUUCUUUAAGUGUUUGCAUUUUUCUAGCAGGUGGUGGUAGGACGGUAGUAGACAGUAGAACUGAUUAGCCAGGUUAGUAGAAGUAGUGGGUUAGUUAGGCCUGGUUUGAAUGGUCAGAAAACAUUUUUUUCUGAGUGUUGAUCAUCAUCUGUGCUUCAGUUUUUAAAUUACUGUAUAAAUGAUCGUAAAGCCAGAAAAAAGGUUAUGAAAAUCAAAAAUGUUUUUUUUUUUUAAUUUAGACUGUAGAUGAGAUGGACAAUGAUUUAGGACUUUCUUGUCAGAAAUAAAGUGAAAGAAGACUGUUGAAAAAUGGGAACAUGCUGAGAAGAUAAUCCACCUAGGACUAAGAAAAUGUAAGAGAGAGAGAGAGCGCAAAAGAAAAAGAAACAUCAGAGAGAAAUGAAAGAGAGAGAAAAAUCACCUUAAACUCUUAAAGAAUGUAUUUUAACUUCCCGCCUUUAACGCAGCCUUGCGAGCAUAGGCCUUAGACUGGGCCAUCAGACUGAACACCACUCUUAUUCUUUUCUAACGCUACUGUGGUGUGGUUCAGCCUCCGCCAUCCAUCAUCUGACCGUCUCUCUUAAAACUGAACAGCGAGACCAGGUCUUAAAGGAGGGGCCGCUCUCAAAUGGCCUUGUUUAUAUUCUCUAGUUUUAGAGCUAGAGGGAGUCAGCCUCAUCUCC